GGUGGCACUGGAUGUCCCCUAAAGGGGACCAUCAGCUUUAUCCUGACUGUGAUGGCCUAUGACCGGUUUGUGGCCAUCUGCCACCCCCUACACUAUACAGUCAUCAUGAACCCCCGGCUCUGUGGACUGCUGGUUCUGAUAUGCUGGAUCAUGAGUAUCCUGCACUCCUUCCUACAAUGUUUAAUGACAUUACGACUGUCCUUCUGCACGCACGUGGAAAUCCCUCACUGUUUCUGUGAACUCCAUCAGAUGAUCAAACUUGCCUGUUCUGACACAAUUUUAAAUAACGUGGUGACCUAUUUUUCAGCUCUUCUGCUUGGUGGAGGUCCUUUUGCUGGGAUUCUUUACUCAUAUUCUAAAAUAGUAUCCUGCAUACAUGGAAUGUCAUCUGCUCAAGGGAAGUAUAAAGCAUUUUCUACCUGUGCGUCUCACCUCUCAGUUGUCUUCUUAUUUUAUUGUACAAGUCUAGGAGUGUACUUCAGCUCUGCUGCUACCCACAGUACACACUCAAGUGCAACAGCCUCAGUGAUAUACUCUGUGGUCACACCCAUGCUGAACCCCUUCAUCUAUAGUCUCAGGAACAAGGACAUUAAACAGGCUCUGAAAGCAUUCUUUGUGAAGGAAACUACAAACAGGUCAUUGUCCUAA